GGGGGGCGGCGCUUGGGGAUCCUGCGCACUGCGAGCGCCCCUCCCCCGCAGCUUGGCGCAGCCCAGGCCUGGCGCUAGCAGCAGGAGGAGGAGCUGCGGUUGUAGCCACGGGCUAGGUCGGCACCGCGGGAAGCUGCCGACGACUAAGCGGGCUGUUGCUGGUCCCCGCGUGAAAGAGGCGCGGGCAGCCCCGGAGUCAUGGAGCCUAGUGACGCGGCGCACCCCGGUCCAGGGAGGGCUGUUUGGGCGCUGGCGCCGCGGCUGCUGCUGCUGCCACUGUUGCCAGUGCUGCUGGGUCGGGGGCUGCGGCUCGGGGCCGCGGCCUCCUCCUCUGGGGCGGCGGCCGAGGACAGCAGCGCCAUGGAGGAGCUCGCCACCGAGAAGGAGGCGGAGGAAAGCCACCGGCAGGACAGCGUGAGCCUGCUCACCUUCAUCCUGCUGCUCACCCUCACCAUCCUCACCAUCUGGCUCUUCAAGCACCGCCGGGUGCGCUUCUUGCACGAGACCGGGCUGGCCAUGAUCUAUGGGCUCAUUGUUGGAGUGAUCCUGAGGUAUGGUACCCCUGCUACCAGCGGACAUGACAAGUCACUCAGCUGUACUCGGGAAGAUAGAGCCUUUAGCACCUUAUUAGUGAAUGUCAGUGGGAAGUUCUUUGAAUACACUUUGAAAGGAGAAAUCAGCCCUGGCAAGAUCAAUAAUGUGGAGCAGAAUGACAUGCUGCGGAAGGUAACAUUUGAUCCAGAGGUAUUUUUCAACAUUCUGCUGCCUCCAAUUAUUUUUCAUGCUGGAUACAGUUUAAAGAAGAGACACUUUUUCAGAAAUCUUGGAUCAAUUCUGGCCUACGCCUUCUUUGGGACAGCGGUUUCCUGCUUCAUUAUUGGAAAUCUUAUGUAUGGGGUGGUGAAACUCAUGAAGAUUGUGGGCCAGCUCUCUGAUAAAUUUUACUACACGGAUUGUCUCUUUUUUGGAGCAAUUAUCUCUGCCACUGACCCAGUGACUGUGUUGGCAAUCUUUAAUGAACUGCAUGCAGAUGUGGAUCUUUAUGCUCUUCUGUUUGGAGAGAGUGUCCUGAAUGAUGCUGUUGCCAUUGUACUGUCCUCGUCUAUUGUUGCCUAUCAGCCAGCAGGACUAAAUACCCACACUUUUGACGCUGCUGCCUUUUUUAAGUCAGUUGGCAUUUUUCUAGGUAUAUUUAGUGGCUCUUUUACAAUGGGAGCUGUAACUGGUGUUGUGACUGCUUUAGUGACCAAGUUUACUAAGCUGCACUGCUUCCCCCUGCUGGAGACGGCGCUCUUUUUCCUGAUGUCCUGGAGCACAUUUCUUUUGGCUGAAGCCUGUGGAUUUACAGGUGUUGUAGCUGUCCUUUUCUGUGGGAUUACACAAGCUCAUUAUACAUACAACAAUCUGUCAGUAGAAUCAAGAAGUCGAAGCAAGCAGCUUUUUGAGGUGUUACACUUUCUGGCGGAAAACUUCAUUUUCUCCUAUAUGGGCCUGGCACUGUUCACCUUCCAGAAGCAUGUUUUCAGCCCCAUUUUCAUCAUUGGUGCUUUUGUUUCCAUCUUCCUGGGCAGAGCUGCGCAUAUCUACCCUCUCUCCUUCUUCCUCAACCUGGGCAGAAGGCACAAGAUUGGCUGGAAUUUUCAACACAUGAUGAUGUUUUCAGGCCUGAGGGGAGCAAUGGCAUUUGCACUUGCCAUCCGUGACACGGCAUCCUAUGCUCGCCAGAUGAUGUUCACAACCACGCUGCUCAUUGUCUUCUUCACUGUAUGGGUCAUCGGUGGAGGCACCACACCAAUGUUGUCAUGGCUCAAUAUAAGAGUUGGUGUGGAAGAGCUCUCUGAAGAGGACCAGAAUGAACACCGCUGGCAGUACUUCAGAGUUGGUGUUGACCCAGAUCAAGAUCCACCACCUAACAAUGACAGCUUUCAAGUCUUACAAGGGGAUGGCCUGGAUUCUGUUGGAGGAAGCCGAACAAAGCAGGAGAGUGCAUGGAUAUUCAGACUGUGGUACGGCUUUGAUCACAAUUACCUGAAGCCCAUUCUUACUCACAGUGGUCCCCCGCUAACUACCACUCUUCCAGCCUGGUGUGGCUUGCUAGCUCGAUGUCUGACCAGUCCCCAAGUGUAUGAUAACCAAGAGCCGCUGAGAGAAGAUGACUCUGAUUUCAUCCUGACGGAGGGUGACCUCACUUUGACCUAUGGAGACAGCACUGUGACAGCAAAUGGCUCCUCGAGCUCCUACACUGCCUCCACAAGUCUCGAGGGCGGUCGGAGAACAAAAAGCAGCUCGGAGGAAGUGUUUGAACAAGACCUGGGAAUGGGAGAUCACAAGGUUUCCAGUCGGGGUACCCCCCUUGUGUUUCCACUACAGGAAAAUGCAUGACUUCACCCUAAGUCCUGAAGGAUCAGGGAGGCUCUCAUGAGGAUGAGGAUGGCCAAAUGUUCCAGUGUGUUUGAGGUGUGACAUUGACUGGGUUAAACUAAUGCUUCUAUUUCAUUGGGCCCUGAAACUAUCAUCACUUAAAACUUAACCCAAAACUCGGAUGCUGGAGCUAAAACGUCUCUAAAUUAAGACAAAUGCAGACCUAGUCCCACUUUUUCACAUAGUAGUACACUAUUUCAGAGUUCAACAAAGUAAUAGCAUGCUUUAAUUGUUUCUCACUUCACUUCCUGCAGCAUCUGACAAUGGUGGGGCAGAUGUGUGGCAGAUACAGGGCUGUAUUGCCAGUCUAGCUGGCUUUAAGGAACAUUAAGUUGGGAGGACAAGUUAGACAAAAGACAGUGAAGAAAGGAAAAUGAAAUCAGACUCAGUGGUGCUAGAUGCUGGUGUUACACCAGACAGUAGAGCCCCUGGCUCUGAAGACUUACACAGCUGCAUCCUCCUGUCAGAGUCCUAGCUGUUCCAUCUAUGUUGCUCCUAGACUGAAGAUUAGGAAGCAUGUCCAUAGGCUGGGGCAUUAGCUCAAUGGCAGAAUGCUAGAGUGCUUGCCUACAAUGCAGAAGACCCUGGGUUCCAUCCCCAGCACUGCAAAAAGUGUGUGAGUGGUGGGGAGUUUCCGAGAGCAUUUCAGUAUGGGGGAAAGAACUCUAGUUCCUUCUCUGGAAAUCUCUAUAAAAGAGUUACUGAAAUGUUUAAAACUAAAGACAAAUCAUGUUCUGUUUUCUUAAUUAAUAUGAGGACAGGAGGUGUUGAGAACCUGCUGACUAUAUCACUGCAAUACUCAGUUGACUUUGGAGGCUACCAUGUGAGCCCACUGCCUGGACGGUCACUGCUAGACUGAGGUGUAGCUACCACAGGGUUUGAGAUAACAUGGAUACUGCUAUUAUCUAGAGAAGAGAAGGCAGGAAGAAACGCAAGAGGCCGCAGACUGUGGUUAGAGGAAAGAUUUCAUUGUGAAUAAUAACCUACAAAGAAAAGAUAGAAAUCUUUAUUAUUAUUUUACAUAAAUUUCAUUUUGAAACAUCCAAAAGAGGUAAUUCCAAAAUCACACUCAAUGGAAUAUAGAACUUGCUUUGUUAUAAAUUAUGUAAAUGUAUAUGUUCAAGUAAAGGCUGAGUUUCCAAUGCCACCUAUCUUUAGGACAAAAACUUCAAUAUUUUUAAUAAUUCCUUUCCCAUUGGUACUAUUUUCAAUACCUAGAAGAUGAAAAUCAUUCUGAUGCUUUUAUUUUGAUCUAAACUUUUGUUGCUAAAAUUAAAUAUCCAAAACCCUUUAAAUGAUUUAACAUUUCUGCUCUUCCAGGGAAGAAAGGGAAGUCCAGAAAAAAAAUCAGACUUCUUAAAACUAUUAAAUGACUGGCAUUCUGAUCUCUGACCACACGUUUUUUUGUAUAGUCUGAUAACUCCAGGAAUCAAAGCUGACUCAUCUCUUUGUAUGUGAGCGGUGGUAUUGGUCAAGGAACAUCCCUGUAGCAACCUUCUCAUAGUCUAGGUCUUAUUGCCAUGCUCCAUUCUGAUUUUUGAACCUUUUCUUCUAGCCAAUCUGAUUUGGUUUACUUUCUUCAGGAAUUAUCUUUGGUAUACUUAGCUAUGUUCAGAUAAAGAGGAUUAUGUCUGCCUAAAGUCUGAAGUAGAAGGUGAGGAGGGCUAGGCUUUAGGCAGAUCCACCAGGCAAACUGGAGAACUUCUGGACAGACUAUGAGGCUUACCUUGCUGUGGCUAAUGACCAUGCCCCAAGAUUGUCCAAAUCAGACCUUCUCCAUUCUAGUGGUCAAAGGUAGUCCUAUUUUUAAAAUGUUGCUUUAACCAACUGGCUCUGUCUUCAUGGGAUUCAUUUUCCUCCAAUCCCAGAUGAAAACUGCCUUCUGGAAAGCUUCUUCAUCUAAAACUUAUUUUCCUGGUGGUGAAGCAGUACCAGCAUCACAUACUGUAGUGAGUAGCUGCUGGAAAUGGUCUUUUCAUCAGUUGUUUACAUUGCUGAAUCUGUAACUCCAGCAUCUUGAGUUUUUGAAAGUUCACAGUCUUGUCAUGAUGCUAUAUCUUCAUCAUUCAGAUCUUCUCAGUGUAUCUUGUAUAACUCGGUUAUCAAGUUUUCAAUGUGAUUUCAAUAUUCUCUACUGCUUUUUUGUAUUAUUUUAAGCUGUUCUUGAGGUUUUACAGGGGAGGUCCCACAUGUUGGCCCUGGUCAGCUCUCCAGUGUGAUCUCCUCUGUCUGAGGUAACAGUUUCUGUAUCAUCUGCCAUUUUUUUUGUGUUUCCUUUGGGGGGUGGGAUUCAGCAUUUUUCAUUAGAAUUUCUUCAUGAUGAUCAAUUUAUAAUCAUUCGAGCAGUUUCCUUUUUGUUCCUGGAUUCUGUUUUGCCCACUCUCUGGCAGCCUAUGUAUGCAGAAUUUAUAAUAGCUGUGGUUGGUUUUCCUGUUUAUAACAAGUUGAUUGUUUCAUGCUCUUGUUCUUUUCGUGUCGUGGUUGUACUGAGUAGCUUAGCCUGCAACAUUAGUUUGAAAAUUCUAUACCUCAUCUUUCUCAUUUUUUUUAGGAGAUUCUAAUUCUUGCAUAAUAAACCCCUCUCUCCUAAAGUCUAGACUUCUCUCCUGGGAGAUUCUAGUUGCUCCCUGAGUUGCUUAGCAGGCCUGCAGAGGCCCAUAGCACUUUCCAGUUUCAGAUUAUGUGUUUUCCCAUUUUUCUAAGCUGCAAGGUUCCUCCUGUGAAGUACAAGCAGCUUACCCGGAGUUUAAAACAAACUAUACUUAAUUAUCUGUCUUUUUAUUCUUAGAUUUUUCAUAUAAUAAAUGAAACUAAAAGUAGUCAACUCUUGAUCAACACAUAGAAUAUUUUAGUCAAUAUUCUCUUCUGUGCAUACUUAGUAAGAAAGGCAUUUGCUAUUGAGAAUAUGUUUGAUUGAGGUAUUUUUAUUUCUGAGGUAUAUUGAGAGAUAUUUUUUGCUUUCUGCCAUCAUACCUGGAAUUAUUCCAUUCAUCUAGUUUCCAGAGUCAGGGUACCCAAGGAGUCCAUUACAGAAGUGAAAAUCUUAGAGCACCUGCUUGUCAUACAGACAUCUCCACCAAGGCCCCAGAGCUGCAGAGUCAAUACCGCCUUCUUUAGCAGUCCUAUAGGCAGCACAGACACCAAAGGAAAUAGGAAGGAGCUGCCUGCUCUUACUGCACUGUAGACUCCUGCUCUACUCAGUGAGGCCAGUUGUGCUCCAUAGAAGUCUUAAAACUUAGAACUUCCGACAUUGAACUGAUGCAUGCUGCAAUAUUAGUGGCUACAUGAGGAAUCAGAAGCAAAGCAAUGGAACAUAAUCCAGUAGAAAAUGCUGUCUUCUAUAAGUUUAGGAAUUCAUGUGUCUCUUGAGUACUAUGCAAAGAGAUGUCAUUUUUUUUUUGGUGGAGAGGCUACUGCACCCGCUUAAUAUGGACAUAGUUUGAAAUAUGGCAUUUCAGUUUAAAUUUUUUCCGAAUGAGCUAUCCUAAUUUACCUACUCUUAAAGUAGGUAAAAUACUGAAAGAAAUCCUAGAGUUUCUUUCCAUGUCUUACAGUGCUAGCAGUUUGGGGAACUCAAUUUCUAAAAGAUGUUUUUAUAAUGUGGUGGCUUUUCUCCCCACUUCAUACAAAAUAAUGCUCACAAGCACUAGGACAUCAACCUUAUUAUUAACCUUAUUAACAUCCUAGUCUUAGCAUAAUCCUGUUGUGUUCCUCUUAAAGGGUCUUAUAAUCUUCAUUAUUUUGAAAAGUAGCCCUGAUCUUUACUUGCAAAAUGUGGAGACUAACCCUGACUUCCCAACAGUUCUCAAAGAUGAAGCUACCUGGGUUGGAGAGAUGGCUC